AUGAUUUUUGCAGGAGUUCCUCAGUCUGACUUUGCAGUUUUCAAGACAAGAACGAUGAUGGAAAGCGAAAAGGUUACUCCUUUUGGCGACAUCUCAAAUACGGUUCCCCGUAAAGAAAAACGGGAGCAAGCCCCUAUAAAGAUUGGCCCAGGUGGAGACAACAACGAGAAUGAUAAGGAAAAUGAAGGAAAUUCGAAACAAAAAGUUUUCAAGGCAAUCAUUUAUCCUGCCGGAAAUAGUCGGACUGAAUCGAAAAAGACACGGGGCACUCGUGGAGGACGCAAAAAUCGUGAAAAGAUCGCCCGGACAUUCGAAAAGAACUUUUCGUCAAAGACUUUGCCAAAGUUAAAGAUCGACGCUCCCAUGAAACUCGACAUCAGUUUGAGUUCCGCAACAGAAAGCGAAAAGUCCUACAAAUAUUCGGUUGAAGAACUUAUUUCUUUCCGAAAGAGCUCAAUUGCAAAGUCGGAGCCGAAGUUUCUUUGCGAAUGUCCACUUACAAAGAAAAAGUCCGGGCUUGAGGAAGUCAAGAUCCUUCCAGUCCCAUACCAGCAAGACGGAACGAUCGGAAAUAUCAUCGCAAAAAUUCUUAACAGGGACGCGAUUGAACCGAUCAAGGGCGAUCUACCUCACUUUGUCCGCCGCACGAGCAUCAGCCCAUCGAAAGUUGAAGCAAGAACUGAAAUGGAUAAACCAUCUGUGUGCAAGAGGUCCGAAUCCCGAGAGUCAUUUAUCCGCGAAGACGCUCCACGAAAGCAUAAGAUGCGGCCACCGACCGCUCAAGCUUUCCAGCCCUACGAGGUCGCCGAGGAUUAUGACAUCGGAUACAACCAAAAUUACGAGUAUGAUCCGAACGUAGAGUAUUGUCCAAUGCCGGUCUAUUACUACGUUCCAUACUUCGUGCCAGCUGUGCCUGUCUACGCGGAGACCCCAACUAUGUCUAACUCUAGCUCGCUCUCAAGCAUCUUCUCUCGAAGCGAGAGCAUCCCUGAGUUCAUCCCGAACUCAGCUCGAUCUGCUCCUCCUACUCCAAAAGAAGAUGACGAACCUUUGGCUACACCACUAGAAGACUCUCUCGACGAGAUCGAAGAGGAGGAAGAGAUUAAAGAAGAGGCCAAGGAAGAGCAAGAGAAAGUAUAG